UCAUAAUCAUAACCUCAUUCGCUCAUUGUCUUCACCUCGUGCUCAUGAAAUUUAGGGUCGUGUAUUGUGAAUUAUAAAAACGUUUUAUUUAUUAGUAAAAACCAACGGUUACGCUAUAUUUUUUCAAUUAGUCCAUGGCAAUAAUCAUUUAAUGCUAUACAAUGUUAUUGUAGUAGGCUUUUGCUUAUAUGAAACAGUAUGGUUGUGAAUUAAUUUUCGGUACUUGAAAAUUCCUAGAAUCCCGGUCAGAUAUUUUACGGUUUUAAGUGAUGAUAAAUUAUUCAUCAUGGGAAAAUUCAGAAAAGAACAAUCGAAAAAUGCAGCAAAAGAUGUACCCGUAAAUUUGGAAUUGAUUCCUGAAAGUCUAGACAAAUUGUAUAGAUUGGCUAAACUUUGUAAGAAUGCACCAUGUCGGCGGAAUUGCAAGUCGAGUCCUCGUUGCUUGUCGGGACUUGGUGAGGCGCAGUGGCUGACUGAGUUGGAAACGAUUGAGGAUCCCAAGAACCAAGUGCGGACUCCUGGAGCUCAUGUUGGCUUGGAAAAUCUUGGUGCCACAUGCUAUGUUAAUAGUUUACUACAACUUUGGUUUCAUACACCUCAGUUUAGGAGAGCUAUUUUUGAUUGGGACCCUUUGGAAGAUGCCUGCGAACAGACCAAUCCUACAGUAGCGGACUACAGUCUGUACCAGCCUAUCUCUCCGAUAGGUCAACUGCAGGCUGUGUUCUCGUUGAUGAGCUGUUCGAAGCGUUGCAGUCUGAAUCCCACCCAGUUGAUCCAAUCGCUUGGAUUGGAUAUAUCCACCGAACAAGAUGCUCAGGAGUUUUCGAAACUUUUUUUGAAUCUUUUGGAAACAAAACUGGAAACUCAAUCGUUGCUUCAUGUCAAGAAUCUAGUAUGUGAUAACUUCAAAGGAGAAUAUUCCUAUGUAACCAGAUGCUCCAAAUGUAAAACAAAAUCCAUCAAUCCAUCUCAGUUCUUCGAGUUGGAGCUGAGUGUGAAAGGAAAAAAGAACUUGGACGAGAGCCUGACUGAGUAUUUGAAAGAAGAGAAAUUGGAUGGAGCCAACUGCUACAGUUGUGCGGUCUGCAAUAAGAAGCAAGAAGCUGAAAGAUUCAUUGAAAUCAACAGAUUGCCCUCUAUCCUUAAUUUGCAGUUGAUGAGAUACGUGUAUGACAGGCAAAGAGGAGACAUGAAAAAGUUGAACACUGCCAUCCAAUUCCCAGAAAUUCUCGACAUGAAGAAGUACGUGAAAGAUGCUAACGAAGGCCAAAGCGUGUAUAAACUGACUGCUGUAUUAGCUCACAGAGGUCUCAGUGCCGACUCUGGACAUUAUAUUGCCUACAUUCAGGAUAAUGAAUCAGGUGACUGGUACAUUUUCAAUGAUGAACUUGUUGAGAAAAAUACUGAUGGAAAAAGACUCAAUUUGGAUGAAGAUGACAAAAAGAAUGACAAAAAGAAAGGCACAAAUAGCAGGGUUCCAAAAGGGUUUCUGUGUUCAACCAAAGCAUACAUGUUGGUCUACAGGAGGGUCUCUGACGAUAAUCAAAGUGCUGAAAUGAGUGCGCCGCUCUCUGAUAGAUUGCAACAAUAUAUAAUUCGACAUAACAAGGAGUUUGAUGACUAUAUUGAAGAAACUACUCGUUUGAGAGCUAGCUGUAUUGAACUCACAGAGCAGAUGAAGACUUUGUACAACUCACUGGCCAUUCCUGAGCACGCAGACUGGUCAGUCAUUGAUGCCAUAUCUACUAACUGGAUCACACAUUGGCUCAAAUCGGGCGCUAAUAACACUAACCCGAUCGAUAACAGCAACUACGUCUGUUCCCACGGAUGUCUCAAUCCAGACGAAGUUACUAAUGUCAAAUAUGUACAUACACUGGCGGCAGAUGAGUUGUACAAGAAGUACAGCGGUGGGCCAAGAAUAAAAGGAGAGUUUAUUUGUUGCAAAGACUGCACUAAUUCAAAGAAUAGACUGUUAUUUUUAAAAAAUAAGCUGACCGAUGAUGCCAAAGAAAUAAGUAAUCUUCUCAAGUCCAAAAUGGAAGAUGGUGAUCCUGGCUUCUGGGUUGAUAAGGAGUGUUUAAAAAAUUGGAAAGCCCGAGUUGAAUUGGAGAGGAAUAAUGCCGAAGUCAAUUCAAAUCGUCAAGUAGAUAACGAGAAGAAAGAAAGCGAUUCAUCAACUGCGUCCCCUCAACAAAUAUCUGAUCCGGCCAGUGCCACCGAGAACGGUUCGAAGAAAAGGUCUCUCACGCCAAGUGCAUUGCGCAAUAUCAGGAAGAGACAAAAACGCGAACCAGAUAGCAACAGCGACCAAGUUAAAGAUGAAAAAUACGCAGAUGACGAACGCCAAUCACUUGCUGCGAAUUUGAAUAGUGAGGAGAAGACACAUGCGGUAGGCCUACAACACUUGACAGACCACAAGCAAAAAGAAGAUGGCGGCGAUAAUGAUGAUGACGACGACGACGAUGAUGAUGAUUUACCCUUCAAUCAGCGACUUAUUUGCGGUCAUGGUAAUCUCAGUGUCGAUGAAUCAAUCCGUCGGCUUGUUCCUGUUGAAGUUUGGCAAAUUUUAAUAAAAUACUUUCCAAACUGCAGGACAUUCGCUCAUGAUACUAUUCCUUGCCAAAGGUGUCAGAGUUUGGCCAAUGCAGAUGAAGCUAUGAAAGGUAGAAAAAGACAAGCAGCUCUUUCUCAAAAGGAACAGCUCAACGACCUGUUCUUUGGACGCAAUAGACAGUUGGUGCCGCCUGGUGUGUACUACAUAGUGUCCAAACACCAUUUUGUUGAACCCUGGAGAACAUUUCUCAGGAAACCGGACGAUGAAAAUGUAAUUACAAGCCUGAUGACUUCUAUGCUGUUGUGUCCACAUAAAAAGCUGUUGUAUCACCCACAAAUCGAUAGUGAAAGGUUAUGCAUUUUGAAAGAGAAUGAGUGGGAUACUCUCAAAAAAUUUUAUUCUCACGAUGCGACUAUUGAAUAUAGGCCAAAAGGAGAUGGACAAUUUGAAACAGAUCCUGAGAUGUGCUAUCCUUGUCUGUUGGAACGACAUGAAGAAGAGGAGAAAGCCAGGUUGAACUUCGAAUCAGCCAACGUGUACGUUCAGAAGGUCGACUCCAUCAAGCUGCCUGUUGCAGUAGCUCAGCCCAAGGGUAAAAAGAUGAAGCUUGAUCCUGAAGCCCAGCUGCAGUUGAUCAUUGAGAAGUCGAAUUCUUUUGUGCGACGCAGCUCGAGACGGAAAAAAGUGAGAGGCGAAAAGGCCAUCCCAGUUUCAUCAAGCACUCUCAUCAGCGAUUUCAAAGCUGCUGUAAGUGUUGAAACAAAUAUUAUAUUGAUCAAGUUUCUACAUUAA